UACAAUAUUCAGAAAUAUAGCAGCUAUAAAAGGUGUAUUAUUAGGCAACUGCCGAUAAUUGCUAUUUGCAAUACGUUUUUAAAUGAUUGGCUGCUCCCUCAUAAUCUUUUAACUUGAAUUGAUAGACAACAUUACUAUCUCAUAACUUUUUUUCAACUGCUAGUGUUUCUUCAAGGUGACACCAAGCAUUCUCCUAUUGCCCACCCACUAUACUAGAUCCCCUUUUCCAAAUACAUGGGAGGGACCUCGUCUUCCCUCAUUUUUCACCUUACCACAGCCAAGGACCGAGACGCGCAAGGGGCGAGGAGGCUUUUUAAAUUUGGAUAUAUCAGGGGACGCAGUGACAGCGUAAACACUGAGCUGCACCAGUCGCUUUCGUUACAUCCCAAUCCAAGUCCCCGCAGCGCAUACGAGUUCCAGUGUACAUAAUGAGUCUUUUUGUAUAUUGUAGACAUCCCCAACAAGGAGGCCACUUCCUUUGCCAGUAAUAAUGGAAUUUGACGACUCACCGGGUAGUAAUUGUAAAUUUGGAUACACGCUCGUAGUUUACCCAAGCUUUACUUUUCUUUUGAAUUUGGAUUAAUUGUUAUCUGAUGAGAGGACCAAGAUAUGUUUCAAAUGUGGAUUUAUGAAGAAACCUUCGAUCAUUUCUGAAGUUUUUUUUAAAUGGAGUGAGUUUGCUCAUUUGAACAGUGACUUGGAAAGGACAGGUCAAGUGGGAGCACACAUUUCUCUUGAGGAGAAUUUCUGUUGGAUUUACAUUCCGCCGCAUUUGGGAAUAACAUCGUCAGACCGCUGGGGAAAAAAGAUCAAGAGAAUGUAUGCUGUAAAUCAGCGCUGUAUUUACAUAUCUUUUCAUUUCUUCGUGCUGUGGUGUCAUGCGCAGGGGGAGAAUCACCCGUCUCCUAAUUUUAACCAGUAUGUGAGGGAGCAGGGCGCAGUGACGGACCAGCUCAGCCGACGACAAGUCAGGGUCUACCAGCUAUACAGCAGGACCAGCGGCAAGCACGUCCAGAUUCAAGGCAAGAAGGUCACCGCUACCGCUGAAGAUGGCAACACUUUCGCCAGGCUCUUCGUAGAGACGGACACCUUUGGCAGUCGGGUUCGGAUCAGAGGAGCAGAGAGCGGACGCUACCUCUGCAUGAACCGGAAGGGAAAGCUGGUUGGAAAGCCCAACGGAAGAAGCAGAGACUGCAUCUUCACAGAGAUAGUCCUGGAGAACAACUACACGGCCUUCCAGAAUGCCAAAUACGAGGGCUGGUACGUGGCCUUCACCAGGAAAGGAAGGCCCAUCAAGGCUUCGAAGACCAGGCAGAACCAGAGGGAGGUCCAUUUCAUCAAGAGGCUCCACAAGGGCCCACUGCCCUUCCCCAACAUGGACAGACCCAGACACUUUGAGUUCAUCAGCUUUCCGCCCACCCGUAGAGCCAAACGCAACAGGAAGUCACGGACGUCUCCUUAACACAGGACGAAACUGUACAUAGGACUGGACUCAUAUUUUUAAAUAAUAACAGAAAGAAGCAACUUUAUUUUUAUAUUUUUAAUACUUUUAAAUGCCAAAAAAAAAAGCGAGAGGAGACUUUUAGAUGUUAAUGUAAAAUGGUCACGUGUAAAUAUGGUGAGAUAGCAAAUUAAAUGAAUGUAUAUAUUUAAUAUUAUUGUGUGUGUUUGUAUGUCUGUCAGCGCUUUGCAAGGAGAAGAGCAGUGGUCAUGAACAGUUAGAAAGAUGAAUAAAUGCUCUGACUCUGUCUGGUUCCAACCAUCUGCUCUAACCCAUCGAGGUGAGUGGGAGCGGGUGCUGAUUUCUGUCUUGCACUGAAGGCAUUCAUUUGUAAAUUUCCAUUAGUUGCAGCAGUUAUCUAUCUUCUUUUUAGAAUAUUAAAUGUAAUGUUCCUGAGACCUCUGGUUUAAAUGCUUUUUCCGUUUCAGUACACUUUUGAGACAACUUCCUGAGCAGAACGACACGAUCAGAUCCAGGUAAUCAUGUGGCUCAAAUGACAGAACUCAUUGUGCAUUGUGCAAAAAGUGAAUGGGGUAUUUGUCUAUAACCAUCUGUAAGUUUACCAAGAAGUAUGUUUUGUGCUGUCUACAUAGGAGAACUAUGUAAUUUUUUUAAAUAAAUAGUGCGAGCCUGUUUACCUGCUGAAUACCUCAGAAUAAAAAGCAGGUGCAAAAG